AUGGUGGGCGACAAAGCAGCUGCCUAUCAGAUAAACAGCAGUCCCGAAGAGGCACUCAAGCUGAACAUCGACGACAUUGACCCGCGAAACCCGGACCAUGAUCCCGAACACGAGCCGAGCGCCGUCAAGGAGAAGGCGUCCACCAGUUCAAAUAAACAACUGCUGAAGUACGUCUCCCUGGUCACGCUGACCUUCCAGAAUGCCUCCCUGACGCUGUUCAUGCGAGCCGCCCGCACGCAGAAGGACCUUUUUAUCUCCUCGACGGCGGUGAUCAUGUCGGAGACGCUGAAGCUGCUCACCUGUCUGCUGAUGGUCUACCGCGAGGAAGGCAAGUGCUUUUGCUACAACGUCAAUCGGGCGUGGAAGGUCGUUCAGAAGACAGUGGUCAACGACCCGAUGGACACGCUGAAGGUGGCAGUGCCGGCGAUCGUCUACUACGUGCAGAACAACCUCAUCUACCUGGCGGCCACCCACCUCGACGCGGCCACCACCCAGGUCACCUACCAGCUAAAAAUCCUCACCACCGCCCUCUUCUCCGUCUUCCUCCUCAAGAAGAAGCUCAUCUUCACGCAGUGGCUGGCGCUGGUGCUGCUUUUCGUCGGCGUCGCCGCCGUACAGCUGACGCAGACGAAGAAGAAGACCACGGCAAGUGCUGAUGAGCACCCGCAGAACGUGCUGGUCGGCUUUCUCGCCAUCCUCUCCGCCUGUGUCCUCUCCGGUUUCGCCGGCGUCUACUUCGAGAAGAUCCUGAAGAACUCGGACGUCUCAUUGUGGAUUCGGAACAUCCAACUGGCGGCCAUCGCCGUGCCCGUCGGCCUGGUCACCCUGGUGGCCAGCGAUCACGAGACGAUCACCGAGAAGGGCUUCUUCUUCGGCUACACACUGCUCACCUGGACUGUGAUCAUCCUGCAGGCACAGGGCGGCUUGCUGGUCGCUGUGGUGGUCAAGUAUGCAGACAACAUCCUCAAGGGCUUCGCCACCUCCAUCAGCAUUAUCAUCAGCUGCAUCGUCUCCAUCUACGUCUUUGACUUUGUCAUUACCUUUCAGUUCUUCAUCGGUGCCUCGCUCGUCAUUGCCUCUGUCUUUCUCUACAACAGACAGGCAGCCGCUUCUCACAAAAAGUGA